GGAGCAGCUGUAGCAAACUCAUUGGGAAGUUGCAGACUCUAUUUCAAACACGUUUUUGUGUUCAAGCUAUUAAUCCGUUUUUAGUUUUAAGUUUAGAAUUAUUAUUUUUUUCUAAACUAAAGAUUUAAUAGCAGACAUUUCAAUGGCGACAGCAAAAACAGAAGAAGAUGAUGCCGUAGCUGGUACAAAUUUGCUGGAGAGGCAUAAAAAACCAGUCUGUUUAAUUGUUUUGGGAAUGGCUGGCUCGGGGAAAACGACAUUUGUCCAACAGCUGACAUCUCGCUUGCAUGCGAGAAACAAGCCACCUUAUGUGAUUAAUUUAGAUCCAGCUUGCAGAGAAGUGCCUUAUCCAGUUAACAUUGACAUAAGAGACACAGUCAAUUAUAAGGAAGUAAUGAAGCAAUACUCGCUUGGCCCUAAUGGGGGCAUUGUUACUUCAUUAAAUCUGUUUGCAACCAAAUUUGAUCAAGUUAUUAAGCUGGUUGAGAAAAGAUCUGCCAAUACAGACCUAGCUAUUUUUGAUACACCAGGGCAGAUUGAAGUUUUCACCUGGUCAGCUUCUGGAACCAUUAUCACAGAAACAUUAGCUGCUCUCUUCCCAACAGUGGUGGUCUAUGUCAUAGAUGUUGUUAGAAGUGUCAGUCCUGUAACAUUUAUGUCAAAUAUGCUUUAUGCAUGCUCCAUUCUCUACAAACUGAGACUUCCAUUUAUUGUAGUCAUGAACAAGAUUGAUGUUGUGAAACAUGACUAUGCCCUAGAAUGGAUGACGGACUUCGACGCAUUUGAAUUGGCUUUGAGCAGUGAUAGCAGCUACAAUGCUAAUCUAUCGCGGUCACUGUCUUUGACUUUAGAUGAAUUCUAUAAGGAUCUCACUACCGUCGGAUUUUCUGCUGUGACUGGAGAAGGAUUCGAUGAAUUUCUUGCAGCAGUCGAUGCCGCCGUUAUCGAAUACGAAACGGAUUACUGUCCAGAACAUGAUCGAUUACAGAAACUUCAAGCCGAAGCGCGUUCCAAAGACAAGACUCGCCAAAAAGAUAAGUUUGAAAGUGAUUUCCAGGAAUCAAGUCGGAAGCUGGGGAUUACCACUGGACGAUAUGUCAGCCAAAGUAAUGAGAUACUCUUACGGAGCCACGCGAUAGGUGGAGAGUCUAGUAGUGAUGAUGACGAGCGGGAGGGACGUCCUGGAGACGACGAUGAAGAAGAUGACAGAGUUGGUCAUCAAUCGUUCCGUAAUUUUUUGGAAGAACAAAAGAAGAAGCAGCAGUCGAAGUCGAAUAGCGCUUCGUCGUGAAAACCAACACAAUAUUCUCUUGGAAUUUACUGUAAGCAAAAAAAAAAAAAAAAAAUGGAAUGCGCGUAAAACUAAUCUACAAAUAUACAGACCCAAAAGAACAAGACUGCAUAACGGAUUCCAAAAUGGGACUUUUGUAUUUUUCUUUAGAAAAUGUAACAAGUAUUAAAUUAAAUUAUCCCCUUC